AUUUGCUAGAAUAUGUCAUUUUCAAAGUCUGCUCGAAAAGUUGUCAAAGGCAUAACGCCAGUGAAGAUAAAAGGAGAGAGAAGAACUAGCAAUGAAAUUGAUACCACAGUGGUCAACACUUUACACAGCGCAUGGACCCCUAAAAAAGGAGGUGUUCUGAACAGUCAGCUGUUCGAGGAGAGGAAGAUUCUGAUUGGACAUUGGUUUGAGAACUGGACUGACACACAGAGAAGACAGUUCCUGGAGCAUCUUGUGGAGAAGUUCAACAAGAUGAGUAUACAUUUCGUACACAACAUGAUAAAAGACCGAGUCCCACAAGAACCAAAAGAUUUUACACGAGCACUGCCCCAACACAUCAGUCUCAAGAUACUGGGAUACCUUGACCCCCGUACUCUUGCUCAAGCAAGCUUGGUGUCCUGGCACUGGAAGUGGCUGUGUGAACACGAUGUAGUGUGGAAACCAAAGUGUCUGAGACGAGGCUGGGACUACGGAAAACCUAUUCCUUCUUACGAGCGUGCUGUUUGGAAACGGUUCUACCAGCAACAAGUAUGGGAUCUACUCCACCCUCCCCCUCCUCCUCCCCCUCUCGAUAUUACUGAGGAGCUUGACCUUAUUGUUGAUGAGCUUGAACUAAUUGUUGAGGAAGUGGUAGAAGAGGACGGCAUGUUGAACAACUCAGCGGAGUCAGGAGGCAGGAGGUCCUCUGCUGGAGGAGGAGCCAGAAAGAAGAGUCUCAAGGGACAAGGACACGGCAAACCUAAAGCUUACAAACUGGGCGAGACUGCACCCAUGAACUUAGGAUAUAUGAAGCACAGAGAGCAGGAAUUACCUCCCUGGAGGUCCAGUGACAAUAAACCCAAAGAUAUCCAGCUCUACAACAAGGAGAUCCUUGGUAUCAACUCAGAGACCGUACCAAGACACAUAUCAGAGAAGUUCCAGAAAAUAGAGAUUCACAGAUCACCUCAGAGCCCAAGAUGCAACAGAUCCCUCGAUGUGACUGGACGAAGCAAAAGUAGAGAGAAUAUCAAGAGUCCUAUGCAGAGCAAGAGUCUGGUAAUGGAGAGAAACAAGACCGUGUCCCCAUCUGCUCUGGUGAAGAGUAACAGUAGUGGUAACGUACUGACUACUUCUACUCCUGCUAGGACCAACACAAAGAAGAAGGCUGUGAAAGCUAAGAGACUGUCCCAAAACCAGGGACCAAUGCAGAGGAAACUUAACGGUGUCAGCACUAAGACUAUGACCAACGCUGCCAAGAGGGGGGCGACUAACCCGCGCAACAAGAACCUUAAGAAGAACGGAAGUGAUUCAGUUGAUGACGGAGAGGACAUUACUCUUCCUGCAGCUUGGGGCCAGAAACCAGACCUCCACGCCGCGAAAAGAAUAGCAAGUACAGAUACUCUGGGAUCAGACGCAGCACUCGAUCAGGAGUCAAACGACUCCCUUUACGGCGACGACUCAGGAAAGCUUUUGGGCGAAGCGUGGGAAAUGCACUCCAACAUUUCCGAUCAAUGACAUCCGGAAACCACCUUUACGUCACGUGAACCAACGUGACAUUAUUUCCCGCUCGACGUCGUGUCAUGUGACAUGACGUCAUUGAUUAUGCGUGACUACAGACGAACAACAGAUGGGACAGGCAAUCAUUUUGUACAGUUGUGAUUUGGAAUCCACAAACUUAGCAUGCCAAACUCAAGUCAGACUUUUGAAUGUGAAUGAUAUAACCAAAUUUUAUAUAUUUAUUUAGUUUUUAAUUUUACGAAAUUCGAAAUAAUGAUAACGUCAAAAAGAGAAUGCGAUGUGACGACAAUGAUGUUCGCAGUGGUGCAGUUUUUGUUUAGGUUUGCAGAAUUUUCAGUAAAAUUGUCGGUUAUUAUGAACCGAAGGCUGUGACGCUGAUUUAAUGCUGUAUUGUGCAGUGACUGCGAUUCAGGCAGGAUUUCUGAAAGAGUUGACUGGUAAUAUUUUUGGGACCCGACAUUUCAGCCCUGUCAUUUUAAACUAGGUUUGAUUUUGGGUUGGUGUCAGGGUUAGAAGGAUAGAGUGUAAAUUUUGAGUUAAGUUUAAGGUUAAAUAUCGGUGUAUUAAACGUCGUGAGAUAUGGAAUGAUGAAAUGGAGGAGGAUACUAAAAUGUCGUAUUUUCUAAUCCUCAAAGACGCUCGUUUACCUUAUAAUAGCUCAUAAAUUUAAGUUUAUAGAUUAACUUAUUACUUUAAAAUUAUAUACCUGAGAAAGUUUUAAAAUAUUUAUCUGUAACCUAGCAUAUUUACACGAUAUUUGAAACGAUUACAAUUUCUCUUUAGAUUUCGGCGUCAAAAUGUUCAGCAUCUAUAACAUUGGCGAUCCAACAAGGAUUAUAUAACAUUUGGAAAUUCACAUUUUGAUUAGGGUUUAGCUGUUACUUGUUUGUACAUAAUAACUAUUUUGAGUUUGUAAUGUAUGAUGAUUUGCGUGCCAUGGAUAUUGAUUGUGAAACAUGAUGAACGGUUUGAGCGACUCUUAAUUUUGUGCAGACAAAAAGUGUUCUUUAACGAGAAUAAUAAGACCACUAUAAUAGCUUGCAGAAAAAUUAGAAUUGUAUCAAAUAUUUACAUUUUCAUGCAUUUGUUAAAUAAAGACGAUUUAUUUUAUGACAAAAAA